UUCCCUUGCUGAGGAAACAGGGGAAAAAAAUAAACCCCAAGCAAACCCAGCCCCUUGUCCUAGCGAGCUACUGGGAGGAUUCUGCAGCUGGGAACGUGUCCUGCCAGAGUGCGGGAGCGCUCGGUGCCGCAGCAGCAUGAACAUGAAAACGGUGCUCAUCCUCCUCGGUCUGGCCUUGGCCACAAUCUUCGCCCUGCUCUGCGUGUUGCUGACCAGAGGAAAGACCCCCAGCCCGUGCCAGCAGCUGCCCCCAGAGCAGGAGGACACAGAGGAUGGCCAGAGCCUGGUGUUUGCUGACCUGAGCCCCGAGGAAAUGUCCCAGGUGGUUCGGUACCUGCAGGGCAGCCUCGGGGUGCCGCUGGUGGACGCCUCUCGCGCCAAACCCUCGGACAACUGCAUCGCCUCGCUGGAUCUGCAGGUGCCCGCCAAGGCGGAGGCGCUGCGGUUCCUGGACGGUGGAGGGGCUCGUCCCCCCCGAGAGGCCCUGGCCGUGCUGUACUUUGGGAAGCAGCCCGAGCCCAACAUCACCGAGUACGUGGUGGGGCCGCUGCCGGUGCCGGCGUACCACCGGGACGUGACGGUGCACAAGUACGGCGGGAAGGUGCCCUACCACCGCAGACCCGUCACCGGCAAGGAGUACGCCGACAUCAACGCCCUCAUCCASAGGGAGCUGAAAAAGGCUCCGCGCUUCCUCUCUGCCUGCUGCGAGUCCGACGGCACCGACCUGGUCACCCUCACCACGGCCCCGCGGGGCUUCAAGUCCGGUGACCGUGUGACCUGGUUUGUCCUUUUCCACAACGUGGCUGGCACUGGUUAUUACCUGUCACCGGUGGGSCUGGAGGUGCUGGUGGACCAUGGGGAUCUCCACGUCCCGCACUGGCAGCUGCGCCAAGUCUUCUACAACGGUCGCUAUUUUGCCAGCACGGGGGAUCUGGAGCGGGAGUUUGUGGCCGGAGCGCUGGACSUUGUGAGACUCAAGCAGCCCCGGGAUGAUGAGGUGCUGGGCUCAUUGAAACCCCGGAGCCCCCCUGGAUCCCCGGCUCCCCUGCAGUUUGAGCCRCAGGGUCCCCGCUACAGCGUCAGGGGCAAUCUCAUCACSUUCCAGGGCUGGAGCAUGGCCUUUGGCAUCAACCCCAACUCCGGCCCGCGAUUCUUUGACAUCAGGUACCGCGGGGAGAGGAUUAUCUACGAGCUGAGUCUGCAGGAGGCCAUAGCCCUGUACGGCUCCAACUGCCCCGGGGGCAUGUCCACCCGCUACCUGGAYGGCAGCUUCGGCAUGGGCAGGUUUGCCUACGAGCUGGUGCGGGGCCUCGACUGCCCCUACACAGCCACCUAYGUGGACAGGCACUACCUGGCGGAGGCAGAUACGCCCAAAACCAACCAAAACUCGCUCUGCAUCUUCGAGCACGACUCCGCCCUCCCCCUGCGGCGCCACUUCUCCGACUCGCAGUCCUUCUACUACGGCGGGCUGCGCAGGAACACGCUGGUCAUCCGCAGCAUCUCCACGCUCAUCAACUAYGACUACAUCUGGGACUUUGUGUUCCACGGCAAUGGUGCUGUGGAGGUCAGAGUGCACGCCACUGGCUACAUCAGCUCCUCCUUCCUCCAUGGCCAAGGCACCGACUAUGGCAACAGGGUGGGGCCCCACACGCUGGGCACCAUGCACGUCCACCACAUGCACUACAAGGUGGACCUGGAUGUCGAUGGGCAGCUGAAUUCCCUGGAGAGCCAGGACAUGGAGUAUGAGUUUGUCAAGGAUCCCUGGAGCGCGCAGAACACCAUCGAGCGGCCGCGCCUCCGCAGGAAAAGGCUGCAGAAGGAGGAUGAGGCGACGUUCCCACUCAACGCCCCCAUGCCCCGCUACCUGUCCUUCACCAGCCCCAACCCCAACAAGUGGGGCCACCCCCGCAGCUACCGGAUCCAGAUCAUCAGCUUUGCUGGGAAGCACCUGCCCACCAACAGCUCCAUGGAACGCUCUGUCAGCUGGGGCAGGUACCAGCUGGCYGUCACSARGAGGAAGGAGGAGGAGCCCACCAGCAGCAGUGUCUACAACCAGAACGACCCCUGGACUCCCACUGUGGCCUUUGCUGACUUCAUCAACAAUGAGACCAUCACCAACGAGGACUUGGUUGCCUGGAUCACUGUGGGGUUCCUGCACAUCCCCCAUGCCGAAGAUGUCCCCAACACGGUGACCGUGGGGAACAGUGUUGGCUUUUUCCUGAGACCCUACAAUUACUUUGACGAGGACGCCUCGGUGGAGUCACCUGACAGCGUCUACUUCAGCAGUGAGCAGGAUGUCGGGGCKUGUGGGGACAAUCCCCUGGCCUGCCUGUCCCCUGCCACUGCCUGUGCCCCCCAUCUGCCCCCCUUCCACUUUGGGGGCUUCCUSAACCUCAGCCUGGCACCGCCGGGUGGGCUCUGACGGAUCAGGGGCUGCUCAGGGGGGCUCUGUGCCAUGCCAGGACCUGCCCUCCCCUGCCCAGGGUGUCCUGUGCUCCGGGCAGGCUUCUGGAGAAGCACAGCUCUCCUUGCAGCACUGCCAAAGGGGGACCCAAACCCUCUGAAAAACAACUCCUAGGAGUGAUUUUUUAAAGUUUCAUCCAGGAUGUCACCCUCUGUACCAUGGGAUGCCCACAGCCGCUCCCCUCCUCUGGCGUGGGGCUCCUGCUGCCUUCCAGUUGGUUCACACAGGGUGACAGUGACAGUGACAGCUGGGCUUGCUGCAGCUGCCCUUGGAGCUGUGAUCCACUGAGGUUUUGCUCACAGUGGCAGGAGCCACAGGACACCCAAAACAUCCUCCCCAGCCCUGCAGCCAUUGUGGACACUGGCUGAGCUCUGACCACUGCUGCAGUUCCCACUCUGCUGAUGGGGACAGAGCUCUGGGCUCGCUGGGAGGCUGCUGGAGGAGCCCACGGGUGGGCACUGCCCGGGCUGGACCAUCCCGUGUCCAUCCUUCCCAAUAAACAGGCACUGAGUGCUUCUCCUGAACAAACCGGUGUAGCUCAGGCUCCUGAGGCUGCCCCUGGCACAGCUGAUGAUGCCCUGAAGGGAYGGACAGCCCUGGCUCGGCUCUGCAGGGUCCAAGGGCCGUGGUGCCCGGCCUGGCUGUGUCCUGGCCGUGCUCCUGGACCCUGGGUGCUGGCAGCAGGGGUGAGGGGCAAACAGGGGAGUUAAUGUUUAACACUUGUUCCGAGCUGCGUUAAUCAGUUCUGGGCUUGGCUGCUGCCCAGCCUGCUCAGCCCCCAUGCAGGGACCCGUUCCUCUACACCCCCAGCUCUGGGCUGCAGCAUCCCACAGCCCCCAGAGCCCAGCCCCAGUCUGGGGUGGGGACACCAAGAUGUUUAGUGACACCAGUGCCAGCCCUGGCAUGAGGCUGCAGAUGUUGAGCACUCACCAAGGUGUCCCUGGGGACAGGGUGGGUGUCCAUCUCCUCUGACCCCUUGCUGUGGUGGGUGGGUCUGUUCAGAACUGCGCUGUGAGGGGUUUGAGCAGCCCUAAUGUCCCCCUGGGAGCCAGCUCAGCUCACUGCAGCACAGGGCAGAGGUGCUGGCAGGAGUGGGCAGCUCCGGCCAUGGCUCAGUGCGAGGCUGCAGCAGUCCCUGGGUGCCCUGGGGUGACAGUGGGGACAGUGUCCAGGGCUCCUCCCRGGCCUUGUGCCCAAGGGAGGUCGUGGCUGGCUGGCUCCCGUGCCCACAUGUGCCCAGUGCCACUCGUGCACUGACCAUCACCCUGCACAGCCCAGCCCAGGCCUUGAGCCACCUGGGAACGUUCUGGACCAACCACUGGCACUGCAGGUGGCACCCACUGGUUCUGGACCUGUCAUUGCUGCAUCCAGAACCUUGGGAGUCACAGGGACAGCGUGUCCCAGAGUCACUGCUGUGGUCACUCAGCUCCUGGGCUGCCAGCUGAUCCUGUGCACAGCCCCAGGGCAGCAAUGGGGCUCCCCCAGGCUGGUCCCGCUCCUUCCCUGGCAAAGCCAGGGUUACAGUGCAUGUCCCCAGCUGGCGAGGCUGUGCAGGGCAGGGGACGAGCUGGACCCUGAACCAUGAUCAGACUGGCCAGGAUCAGAAUCCUGCAGUGCCCAGGCAGCUCCUGCUGCCCUGACCUGCCCCAGGCCCAUACAGGGACUUUGGGGCCAGGGAUUUAUCCACAGGGCAGGGCAUGUCUGGGACCAUGUGGUGCAGUCCUGACCAUGGCAUGUGCACCUGGCUGAGCCACUCUGUCCUCUGUGCCGGGAGGGAGGAGGUGACUCGAGGGAAGAGGUGUCUCCUUCCAUCCUGCUUCCUUUCCUCUCCUCACUGUGGCCCCAGUUUUCCUGCAGUGACUCUUUCCAAGGGGACUGCAGUCCYAGUCCCCAUCCCCCAACACCUUUUGCCCCGUUUUCCGCUGUGAAAUCUCCCGUGAAGGAUUUAUUGCUGAUGGUUUCAAAACAUUUUUGACGCGGAAGCCAAAUCUGUUGCAUUCCUUCACGCUGGCCAAAGCCACUCUCAGUGGAGGACCCUGGAAUGAGCUGCUGGGGAAUUUGUUUUGUGAGAGUAAUUGAAUUUCUGUGCAAACAGCUGUUUUGUUGGGAUGUUUGGUAGGUCAGGAGCUCAGUCCAGGAUCUGGGACCACCUUCUUCCAGGCUGGGAAGGGGGUGCCUUCAGCAGGGCUGAUGCUGUGGCCUUUGCACUGCUCCUUUCACAAGUCAUCCAUGCCCAUAUCCCAAAAUUUGCUGGUUUUUUCCCUGUCAGACCCCAGGCUCUGCAUGGGCAGAGGGGCAGGAUGGGGCCUGCAGCUGCUGCUGUUUGUGAGCAGGACUCAGUGCUGGACGCAGCCAUGGCACAGGCAAACAGCACGGGGCAGCGGUUCAAGGAUCCUGACUCCAAUUUUCUCAGGAGGGAGAUAAGUGAUGCGUUUCACUGGCUGUUGAUCAUUAACACCUUGCUGCCYGGUCAGCUGGGCACCCUGUGCUGCUGYCCCAGAGGGUGACAAAGCCAGGGACAGCAGAGUGUGGCUGGGGUUGAGGGGAUGRCCAUGGAAUGUUGUGUCCCCAUGGUGUGUUUGGCUCUGUCCCUGCAGCUGGGAUGUGAUGGGGCAGGAGGGAUCAACCCAGUGGGGCAGUGCUGGGAGGAGAAAUGCUGUCCCUGUUGGCAAAGGUCUUUUAGCCCCAUGCUGGAGAGCAGAAGAACAGCUGGCAGCCAGGAGCAUCCCAGGCCUGGCUGUCUGGGGCUGWGGGGAGCUCCAGGAAUGGCUCUGAAAGUUUCUCAUCAUCAGAAGUCCUGAUUAAAUUACUCUGGCAAAUAAGGGCAGAAUGUCCCUUGCUCCCUGCACCCAACUCCAUGCUCCUGGGCAUCCUCCCCAUGCUCUGGGGGUGGUUCCUGGGGUGAUGGCAGAGAGAUGAGAGCAGUGCCAGCCCUGGGCAUGGCAGCUCUGCAGGACUGUCACACAGAGUGUGGGAYAAUGGAGCAAAGGCUGAGA